AUGGGGGAUAGCUUAGAGGAGCGCCUAAGAGGCCAUGCGAGCGCGUUUGAUGGCUUGCUGUCGCUGAUUCCCGCAAAGUAUUACUACGGAGAAGACAACAGUGAACAAUGGCAACGGAAGAAGCAGACCAAAGAACAGGCUAGAGACGCAAAGAGAGCCAAACUAGACCCUGAAACCUCGAAAUCGGCAAAGGAUGUGAUGGAUGAAAAUGCCAAAAGGAGGAAAAGGGAGGGGGCACAUAAAGAUGAGACGCAAAGUGCAGACGGCUCACACUCGGAGGAGGAACUUCUAGGCUCAGAAAAGCCGAGGGAGGGCUUGAAGCGGGGAGACUCCAAGCUCAAGAAGCCAAAAAAGGCCACUGCCACUUCCAACCCAGAAGACCAAGAAGCCAAAGAAGGAGAUAUCAAACAGCAAGCAAAGAAUGAAGCAAAGGCAGCAAAGCAAGAGAUGCUGAAGAAGAAACAAGCUGAGAAGCGAGAGAAACGAAAAGAGAAAAUAGCGGCGCUAAAAGCUGCGAGAAGAGAGCAGCAUGCCAGCGUAGAAGCAACUUCUAAGCCAUCUGAAUCAAAGGACGGCGAUACAGCUGAACAGCCGUUACCAUCAGUACAGAAAUCCAGCAAACCCAAGACGAAAAAUGCUAAAGAGUCUGCAGAAAGUGAUGACGAAAUGGAAGACAUAUCGCUAGAAGGGCUCUCUUCUGAGGCUCUCCAGGGUCAGCCAGACCAUGAAUCUUCUGCUCCCACUUCACCAAACAACGCAUCAGACCCGUCCAAUCCCCCCUCUGGUAGCUCAUCUGCGUCCUCUAUUGUUCCACCCACUGAAUCAUCUACAUCCAAGCCUUCCACCACUACCGAUAUCAAACCAUCCCCACAACUCAAAAAGCCUCAGUGUACUGCUGAACAAUUGAAAGAAAGGCUGCAAAAGCGACUUGACGAACUUCGUGCAGCCCGUCAUGCGGACGGCGUCAACGGCAAACCCGCCAAGAACAGACAGGAGCUCAUCGAAGGUCGACGGCAGCGUGAAGAGGCCCGCCGAGCACAGAAGAAAGAGCAACGACAAAAGGCUAAAGAAGAAGAGCAGCGGCUUCGAGACGAGGCUAUCUCCAAACGCUUCGCCGCCAAUGGUCCUGGUUCCCUUCUGUCCUCCCCCGGGUCUCCCGCUGACUCGAUAGCAUCUAUACCAAACAACUUCUCCUUUGGACGAGUGGUCUUUGCCGAUGGUCAACAGGUUGAUUCCAGCAUGACUGGUCUCCGAGAUGCAGCCAAAAAGCGCGGACCCCAGGAUGCAAAUACAGCACUCAAGGCCGCAGAGGCUAAAAAGGCUCGUCUGGCUAGCCUCGACGAAGAGAAACGGGCCGAUAUUGAGGAGAAAGAUAUGUGGCUUAACGCUAAGAAGAGAGCUCAUGGAGAGCGUGUCAAGGAUGACGUAUCAUUGCUUAAGAAAGCCCUAAACAGAAAAGAAGGGCUUAAGAAACGGAGUGAGAAGCAAUGGAAGGAGAGAAUAGACGGGGUUGCUAAAGGGAAGGAAAUCAGGCAGUCGAAGAGAGAUGAGAACUUACGCAAACGAAAGGAGAACAAGGGGGUCAAGGGUGGGAAGAAAGUGACUAAAAGCAAAGGUAAAGGCAGGCCUGGCUUUGAAGGGGGCUUCAAGUCUAAGAAGAAGUAG